GAGCAGGAGACUUGGAGUAAGACGCUCCUUUCUGCAGAGUGGUCCAGCUCACCCUCACAGUCACCAUGACCUUCAACGGCACCUGGAAAGUUGAUCGCAGCGAAAACUAUGAGAAGUUUAUGGAACAAAUGGGAGUUAACGUGGUGAAGAGGAAGCUGGCUGCUCACGACAACCUCAAAAUAACCAUCGAACAGACUGGAGACAAGUUUCACGUUAAGGAGAGCAGUAACUUCCGCAACAUUGAAAUAGACUUCACCCUGGGUGUCACCUUUGAGUACAGCCUUGCAGACGGAACUGAACUAUCGGGUGCAUGGGCGCUGGAAGGGGAUGUGUUAAAGGGAACUUUCACCAGAAAGGACAAUGGAAAAGCACUGACAACUACCAGAGUAAUUCAAGGAGAUGAAAUGAUUCAGAGUUACAACUAUGACGGUGUGGAUGCAAAGAGGAUUUUUAAGAGGGGUUAGACCAAACAAGUCUACCAAACUGAAGUCUGAAAUGGAUUACGAGUCAUUAAACUUUUGUACUCCAAAAACAACAGAAAAACAAAACAAAAAAACAUUUUUAAUGCAUUUUCAAACUUGCAUUAAUAAAGCCAUAACUUCUCGUUUUCACA